GAGAGUGUGUGUGCGAGAGAGUUUGUGCGUGUGCACCUGCGGACAUGAUCGUUUCGUGGCUCUGACUGCAGCUCCCGACCCCGACCGGACGCACAAGAACCGCACACCCGACGCUCCGAGCCAUGGACCCAGCAGAGACAACCCCCGCCGACCAAGGAGCGCAGCUUCUGGACAUCAGCGCCUGCUCGCCCGCUCCGCAACCCGGAGGUGAGCCCGUCCAGCUGGUGAAGCCGCCCUACUCAUACGUGGCUCUCAUCGCCAUGGCCAUUAAGGACAGCCCGGAUAAGAGACAGACCCUGAGCGGCAUCUACAGCUACAUCCUCUCCAAGUUCCCUUUCUACGAGAAGAACAAGAAAGGCUGGCAGAACAGCAUACGGCACAAUCUGUCUCUGAAUGAGUGCUUCGUUAAAGUCCGCCGGGAGAGCGGAGGGGACAAGAAGGGCAACUACUGGAUGUUGGACCCGGCCUUCCACGAGAUGUUCGAGAGGGGGAACUACCGGCGGCGGAGGAGGGUGAGGAGACCCUACGCACCCCCCGCGCCUUACCUGGAGUACCCCGAGCCGCUCUACCUGCCUCACUACGUGAGCAGCUCCUGGGGUGUGCGUCAGCCACAGCCCGGCUCGUCCCAGGUCAUCACCGGACACACCCGCUGCUUGUCCCCGGUGAGUUCGUACUGCCCUCCCCCGCACUUCCAGCACCCUCCCUACGGCGCCUUCCACUGCCACCUGCCCUCCGUGCUGGUGCCCCACAACGCCUGCCCCUACGGCGGAGUCACGCAGCCGAUGAGCCCCGACGGAGGCACCGUGUCCGUGGGGUGCAACUACCAGCAGUUCACCUCCUACUCAAGACAAGCGGAGCCGCAGGUCGCCCUCUCGUUUGACCAUUAGAGUUUUGAUCUGAUCGGAUUAUUUGACAGCCAGUUCACAGACUCUGAGUUCAUCUGUUUCACCAUUUCAGUUCAGCUGUCAGGUUCAACCAGAACUGUUCCUUUGACAAGGUGUGGGCUAAAUCUGUUGACUGUGAAACUGUUUCAUACGUUUUUUGAGAACUUCUCUACACUUUCACUUAUCCAGAAUUACUGCCAGAGUUCAUUGCACAGUGUGAACUGCAGAAGGCAGUGUCUUUGUGUCUGAGGCUCAGUUUAUUCCUUAGUUUGCAACCAAAUAAAUGGUUUUUAUUUUAUUUUAUA